UCAAAGGAAGCAAGCAAUACCAUGAGUCCUGAGUUGCAUUCACCCAACUCCGUCAUUGGAAUAUAUUCCAUUUUCUUUCAGUCAUUUUAUCGAACACCUUGUGAAGUUUCCCAUAGAAAAAAGACAAAAUAACACUUUUAUCUUAAAUUUGUUCCUUCGUUCAUUCGUUCUAUUGCCUACUGUGAAACAGAAAAUGAAAACGGAGGGAAAGUCUGGGUGGUUGUUGCUGUUGAUGUCGCUGUUAGUGAUGGGUUUGUCUGCAACUAUGUCAUCAGCUUCUUUUGGUGAUCAGUACCAUCGGGGUAGAAGGAAAACUAUGCUACCGGAUGAAGCGACGUCGUCUUUGGGGCUCAACCGCGCAGCCUCCUCCAUUGUCUUACCGGUUCAUGGAAACGUGUACCCUAUUGGGUCUUAUAAUGUCACUCUUAACAUUGGUCAGCCUCCAAAGCCCUACUUUCUUGAUCCAGACACUGGUAGUGAUCUCACAUGGCUCCAAUGUGAUGCUCCCUGUGUCAGAUGCACUGAGGCUCCUCAUCCAUUUUACCGUCCCAACAAUGAUCUAGUGGUCUGUAAGGACCCCCUCUGUGAGGCCUUGCAUGCACCGGGUUCCCACAAAUGUGAUAAUCCAGACCAAUGUGACUAUGAGGUUGAGUAUGCAGAUGGUGGCUCAUCCCUUGGUGUACUUGUAAGGGAUGCCUUUCUCCUCAACUUUACCAAUGGAAACCAGCGAACAAUUCACCUGGCCCUUGGGUGUGGAUACGAUCAACUACCUGGUUCAUCUUAUCAUCCCAUAGAUGGAGUCCUCGGCCUUGGCAAGGGAAAAUCUAGCAUCGUAUCACAACUUAGUAAUCAGGGUCUGGUGCGACAUGUCAUUGGUCACUGUUUAAGUGGCCGAGGGGGCGGGUUUUUCUUCUUGGGGGAUGACCUUUAUGAUUCUUCACGCAUAGUUUGGACACCAAUGUCACCUGAUUACACCAAACAUUACUCCCCAGGACUUGCGGAACUUAUAGUCGGUGGGAAAUCUACUGGGUUUAGAAACCUUGUUAUGGUUUUUGACAGUGGAAGCUCAUACACUUAUCUUAAUUCUCAGGCUUAUCAAUUUUUGACUUCAUGGUUGAAAAGAGAACUAACUGGAAAACCUUUAAAAGAAGCUCUAGAGGACAGGACUCUCCCACUUUGUUGGAAAGGUCGAAAGCCAUUUAGAAACAUACGUGAUGUCAAGACAUACUUCAAGCCCUUAGCACUAAGAUUUGCCAGUGGUAGAAAAGAUACCACGCAGUUUGAAUUGCCCCCAGAAGCUUAUCUAAUUAUAUCGUCCAAGGGAAAUGUUUGCUUGGGAAUUUUAAAUGGUAGUGAAGUUGGGCUGCAAAAUUCUAACAUUAUUGGAGACAUUUCAAUGCAAGAUAAAAUGGUGAUUUAUGACAAUGAGAAGCAGAUGAUUGGAUGGGGUCCUGGAAACUGUGAUAAGCUACCCAAGUCUAGAAGUUUCAGCUUUUGGUGAUGCUUCGUGAGGUUCUCAGACUUGCACGUUUAUAAUGGCGUAUGAUCACAGAGAAUUAUUGUGCAGAAAGAAACAUUCUCCGCUGUAUACUAUAUAGGAUUGGAGGGGAAUAGUUCCAUUUCCAAUGUACAUUUUAUAUAUUUCACAUGUAUGUAUGUAGAAUCACGUCUACUUGGUAUUUCUACUUCCAACCAUAUGUGUUGGUGAAAACUAUAUAGUAUUCUUCAGGUUACAUAUGAAGAAUAUUCUGACUUCUUUACAA